UGACCAACAGAAUUGUUUUACUUCACUACACAACCUGCCAAUGUAACUACCAACUAAAGAAUCCAUGUUUCCAUAUUUGGCGAAUUUACUUCUUGGAAUCUUUUACGAUUCCCUUCCCCAUAUAUAUAAAUACAGAUCCAACCCUCUGGCCUCCACGCUCUCACUCACGUACACUCUCAAUGGCCUCCUCUCUCACCUGCUCAGCCGCCGACCUCCGCUCACUCUUAGGUCCGGCCACCAACGCCACCGCUGCAGCCGACUACAUCUGCAACCGUUUUGAUGCAAUCUCCAAUAAAUUUAUCGAUACGGGCUAUGCAGUAGAUAAUACUUACCUUCUUUUCUCCACGUAUUUAGUUUUCGCCAUGCAAUUAGGGUUUGCUAUGCUCUGUGCAGGCUCUGUAAGAGCCAAAAACACCAUGAAUAUAAUGCUUACCAACGUUCUUGAUGCUGCCACCGGCGGCCUUUUUUACUAUAUAUUCGGUUUUGCCUUUGCAUUUGGGACACCGUCAAAUGGGUUUAUAGGGAAACAUUUUUUCGGCUUAAAUGAAUUCCCUUCAGCAUCUUUUGAUUAUGGGUAUUUUUUAUUUCAAUGGGCAUUUGCUAUAGCAGCAGCAGGAAUAACAAGUGGGUCUAUAGCAGAAAGAACCCAAUUUGUUUCGUAUUUAGUAUAUUCAUCCUUUUUGACUGGUUUAGUUUACCCUAUCGUUUCUCAUUGGUUUUGGUCAUCUGAUGGGUGGGCUAGCCCUGGAAGAUCAGAUCAUUUACUGUUUGGUACUGGAGUUAUUGAUUUUGCUGGUUCUGGUGUUGUUCAUUUAGUUGGUGCUAUUGCUGGGUUUUGGGGUGCCAUAAUUGAAGGUCCCAGAAUUGGCCGGUUCGACCAUAAUGGCCAUGCAGUAAGUCUUCGUGGCCAUAGUGGUACAUUAGUAGUAUUGGGUACUUUUUUGUUAUGGUUUGGUUGGUAUGGUUUUAAUCCUGGUUCAUUUUUAAAUAUUUUGAAGAACUAUGGCAAGAGCGAAACUUAUUAUGGUCAGUGGAGUGCAAUUGGUAGAACUGGAGUGACAACUACAUUAGCUGGUUGUACAGCAGCACUAACUACUCUAUUUGGAAAAAGAUUACUUGUAGGUCAUUGGAAUGUUACUGAUGUGUGCAAUGGUUUACUUGGUGGUUUUGCUGCCAUUACUAGUGGUUGCUCAGUUGUUGAUCCUUGGGCUUCAGUCAUUUGUGGGUUUGUAGCUGCUUGGGUUUUGAUUGGAUUUAAUAAAUUGGCUGAAAUAUUUCGCUAUGAUGAUCCUCUGGAGGCAGCACAACUUCAUGGCGGUUGUGGGUCUUGGGGAAUUAUAUUUACUGCAUUAUUUGCGAAGCAGGCUUAUGUGGAAGAAGUAUAUCCUGGUCAUGAAGGAAGACCGUACGGGCUGUUGAUGGGUGGAGGUGCAAGAUUGUUGGCUGCACAUAUUGUGCAGAUUUUGGUUAUUGUUGCUUGGGUUAGUCUUACUAUGGGGACAUUGUUUUGGGUUUUGCAUAAGUUGAAGUUGUUGAGGAUUACAGAAGAAGAGGAAAUGGCUGGAAUGGAUCUUACAAGUCAUGGUGGCCAUGCUUAUGCUUAUGGUGAUAUAGAUAAUGCUCAAAAAGAGUUUGGUAUUUGAUAAGGUUUAGGGAAAUUAAUUGUUGCUUUAUAUAUAUUUUUAUUAUGGGUUUAGGUAGAUUUCAUUUCUCAUAUAAUUUUUUUUGUUUGUUUAUGUGAUUAUUAGUUACUUGUGUUAUAUUUUCUGAAGUGUGAUUAUUGAUUAUCAUUCAGCAGAAUGGAAAUCUAUUUUACUUUUACA